AUGCCAUACAACAACUUCACCACCCUGUCGGAGGGUAUUUUUCUGGGUCUCACGUCCCUGGAAAUACUGAAGCUGUACGAUAACCGCUUAGCCAACCUACCGGAGGGUGUUUUCCAAGAUCUCACGGCGCUUAAAGAAGUGUACCUUGGUCAAAACUCCUUGACCACACUGCCGGAGGGAAUAUUCCGUAAUCUCGGGGCACUUGAAGAGCUGUCCCUGAAAAACAACGGCCUCACCACCCUGCCGGAGACUUUACUCCGCAAUCUCACGGUCCUUGACGAACUGUGGUUGGUUAACAACACCCUCACCACUCUUCCGGAGACUGUCUUUCAGGAUCUCACGACCCUCCAAUACCUGGCCAUGAAAAACAACACCCUCACCACCCUGCCGGAGGUACUAUUCCAGGAUCUCACGGGCCUGCUGUUGUUGAACCUGGAGGAAAACUCCCUGGGGUGCUUGCCGCCCAUCCCAACAUUAGGAUUGGGGGAGCGUGACGAUGAUACCAUCUCAUACAACGACAUCGUCGGACUCCGCGUUGACCCUUACGGCGAAGAAUGUGGGUGUUCUAUUCUGGGCGUUACCGACAACGUAUGCGACGACGAAAUUUGCACUCCUGGACCUCAAGGGUACAACUGCGCACCCGUACCAGAUACGCCCGCACCGACAUCUGCGCCAGAACUUACUAUGGCACCCGUCUUUACAUCCGAAGCACCAGAACCACCUACUCCGGUAAUAGUCGCGACCUCAGGACCGGUCACGCCUGCACCGGUCAUGCCUGUACGGGGUACGCUUGCACCGCUCGGCACGCUCGCACCGCUCGGCACGCUCGCACCGUUCGGCACGCUUGCACCGGGGUCUGUGCUAGGAUCUACUCCGGCACCCGGCACGGCCUCAGAAGAUUCGUCGACGACCAGCAUUGUAGUCGGCGUUGUAGCCGGCGCGCUGGUGGCAGCUUUCGUAACACUGGGGGCCUUCCUGCGGCGGCGCCGACAAGCCGCGAAGAGGAAGGACGCCGACCCGUCGGCCCCUUAUCUCGACUUUGGGGAUAACCUAGAGCAUGGCCAUGGUGAGCGGCAGCUGGACGUCAGCUCUUCUGUACCGAUCCUUGUCGCCGAGGGCAACGGUGCCGGCGGCCCGCCGCCUCCUGCUCAGCAGAGCUCCACGCCGCCGCCCCAACCGCUGCCCCCCCCGAACGCGCCGCACCAGCGCGAUGCUCUGCCCCCGCCCCCCCCGUACACGCACGUUGCUGCGCACCUGCCCGAUACCCUGCCACCCGCCGCCGCCGAUCGGCAGUACGCACCGGCCGCCGCUGAGACCAACACCAGCAACAACAGCAAGCCCGUCGAAUCGUCGCUCGCAGCACCAGCCGUGGGCGCCUUGAAGAAGUCCAGCUCUGAGGAAGAGACCACACCCCCACGCGACAAGAACGGCGGCGGUGGUGGCAGCAGCAGGACGGCGGAUAAAGGCGGAGGCGGUGGAGGGGACGCGGCGGGGGAGGACAGUAUCCACUGCACGGCGGAGCAGGUUUCGCUGCCGCGGACGGCUACAAACUCCACCGCCGAGGUGUCCACGGAAGAACGGACCGCCGAGCUUUCCCGUCUCGGGUUUUCGGUCGACGAAGGGGCCGACGACGCUCCUCCUCCCGCGGCUGCUGCUGCUGCUGCUGCUGCUGCUGCUAGCGGCCGCCGAAAGACCUCCAGCGGCGUCGAGUAUGGCCAGGCGGUGCUGGCAGCAGCCGAGGAGCUUGCGCACCAUUGCCAGAUCCCAGGCGUCAGUGAAGCCGCGACGGUGGUGUCGAUUCUGGUACACUUGGUGACGGACAGCCGGGACUCCAUGAGCCGGGGCGACGGCGCGGUAAAAAGAUGCCGGUCGAUCGUGAUGAUGCUUGAGCGGGCGGCGAAGGUGCUUGGCAACGGUGGCGACACGAACUCAGAAGUUGAGCGCGCUUUGAUCGAGGAAGUCCACGACGCCGUCUCCGAUCUGGUGGACCUAAUCAAGACGUAUCAAAACAAGAACAAGCUGUCCAAGGUUUUGAUGUCGACCCUGUUCAAGCGGCGCCAGGAGGAGCUAGACGCGGUUGUGGACAAGGCCAUCUUGCACCUGCACCUGGGGUUACAGGUGCAAGUGGGACAAGAUGUCGCGGAAGGGUUGGACCUACACAAGAGGUCUACGGCGGAGGCUAAGGCAGAAUCUCUGGCGGAAGCACGCAGGGCGAGGAGGCAGCGCAAGCUCGACCAGGUCGAGAUCCCCGAUGACCACGUGGUCAUCACGGAAGAAAUGCUGGGAAGGGGGGGCUUUGGCGAGGUGUACCUGGCCGACUACAACGGCCACAACGCCGCAGCGAAGGUACAGUACAUCAUCCAUGGCUUCGGCAGACGUGACGAUGUACUGAACGGGCCAAAGAGCGGCCAGCCCGAUGCCGUGCGAGAAAAGGUCCAGCGAAAAGCGUUCCUGCGCGAGCUGGACGCGAUGAUUCGCCUCAGGCAUCCUCACACCGUCAACGUCUACGGGGCCAUCACCUCACUGCCGGACCGCCUGAUUCUGGUCCUCGAGCUGCUGCCGGGCGGUGACCUCCGAACCAUGCUGAAAAACUCUGAGCAGCCGCUUCCCGAGGAGCAGUCCCGGCAGAUCAUCAAAGACAUCUGCGCGGGGAUGGCUUUCUUGCACAGCAAGUCGACGGUGCACGGCGACCUGAAAUCCGCCAAUAUUCUUCUGGAUGCGCGUGGAAGGGCAAAGGCACGUUGGGCGUGUGGGAUCGGGGAUUUCGGUACGUCGCGAUGGACCCAGAACACCGAGAGAUCCACGGGGUUGGCCACCUAUACCACUAAUCCGGGACCAAGCACUCACAUCAGCUUCGCAUGGACUGCACCAGAGGUGCUGGAGAAAGAGACAACCUCCAAGGCGAGCGACGUCUACAGCUUCGGGAUAGUGGUGUGGGAAGUGUUGUCGAGACAGCUACCUUGGGCAGAUCAAGCUCAGCCUCGCGACAUUUACCUCCGUGUUGUCAUUCAUGGAGACCGUCCGGCGAUUCCCGCGGAUGCUCCCGUAGAUAUCGCGGAGAUACUGCUCGGCUGCUGGGCCCAGGAGCCCACCGAACGCCCCACGUUUCAAGCGCUUUCAGGCGGAGAAAAAGUCAAACCGCUGGUGAUAAAAUAGACUUCGCUUUUUCAAUUCGCCGGAGGCCUCUGCUGGUAUAUGCGCACCUCCCUCCGUGUAGUAAGUGUUUUCUGACAUUUUUGAGCAUGGACGGCAUGAGACAAGAAACACUCAUGAGAUCAUCUGCGUAUUUUUCUUGUUUUAUUAACAUUAUCAGGACCCCGAAGUCUGUACUUUCAGGGUGUGUGAAGAGUUUGCUCUUCAUUGUGGCGUCUACCAUGUUGAAGAGCGAGCGCAGACCGACGAAACCUCGCGCUCCCUUCGGGUGUCCUGGGGCUCAUUGGUACCACCACAAGGCAGUCACGGUUGGAAACUUGUGCGUGCACCACCGCGCUCGGGAGCGUGUAACCACUUUUGUUUGCCGCCUUUCCGCGAGAGGGGGACACUGUAAGUUGUUGUGUAUUCCCCCCGUCUAUCCUUGGCCACCCUUUCUGUAUUCCAGCUCCCAUAGAAAAGACACUAACCCACUAGGUCGGGCAUGGCCAAGCCCGGAGCAGGUUCACUGCUGCGGGCGUGUGCGGGAAACGUUGUUUGUGGCGAAAAUUUAUGAUGGCAUGUGGUCGGUGUAGUUUUUGCUGAUACUCACGGUGUCGGACUUGCUCAGGGAGCCCCCGUACUACCGGAAGAGGCCAGGGCGAACGUGUAAAGCUAUGGGAUGCGUUGGAGAUCCUAGUUUAGAUCCACCGUUGCUGUGGGCUGGGUUCAGAACGUGCCACCACUGCGCACCCUAGCUGAACGCGUGAGGGCUCGUUUGGAGCAUGGCCGACCUUGGAGUGUGACCGUAAGGGAUUGUCUCUGGGUGUACAGCAGUCCAAGGGAUGCCUGCGAUUAUCACUAGUUGUUGUGAUUAUUAGCCCAAGUGAGCCGCCUUUGAUUCACUUGACAUGCUUAUGUAGAAGGAUCGGAUCAGGGCAAACAUACCAGCUUAAAGUAUAUCACAGCAGUAGCAGCGCCUAGUCGUGCUUUCAUCUUGCGGUUGGACUUUGUCGGGUGAAGAAGUACUGCCGCUGCAUGUGGCUCUCUCCUGUAAUAUUCUAUUAGUGUAGCUACAUUGGCCUUCCGGAACGCGUGAAGUGGACACUGCGGGGCCCGUUCUUGGCGGCAUGAGUCUUGCCCCCGUCUACCCGUCAAAAAAGGGCCCUACCGUUCCUGCUCUAAUUUAUUGCUGCCGCUUCAUCGAUGGCCCCCUGUCUUUUCCC